AUGAAGCUUCUUCAUAAGACUGAAAAUUGGCCCAAAGAACAUCAUUUAAGAGAUAAUGAUGCAUGGGUAGAGACUCAGCAAAAAUUAGGAGAAGAUAGUUCAUUUACUUCAAUUUAUUCUUAUCUAUGUGAUAAUGUCCCCCGAUUAUUUGAAGAAGUCAUCAUCAUGGAGUCAAGGUUAAAAGACUGUUCAGUUCUUUUGCAUGAUCAUGCCUCCAAUAUAUUUGACUGUAACAGCAUGAUUUCUAAAACAAGUUCAUAUGGGAAUUUGGAAAAACAUAUGGCAUUCCUACAAAAACAUCCAAGACAAAAGAAGAUAAUGCUUUCGGAUGAGAUGGAGACAGAGAAGAAUAUAGAGGGUUGCAAUUUCUCUGGAUUCAAAGUCAGUGAACCAACUCAAUUGCCUAGACAUUUGGAUGCUAAACAGAUUUAUCUUUUUAUUUUAAAAACACAAAGCUUUGAAAAAAAGAUGUUUAAAGUUUGGAGGACUUAUUUUCUCUCAGAAGCUUCCAUUGCUCUGUUGCAUGACUUCUUUUGGUGGUGGUUUCUUAAUAAAUUUAAGCCUGACAAAAAAGAUCAAGAUUGCUUGUUUGAUAGAAUUGCAGAAAGUUAUGUAAUGCUUUUUCUGACCAUACCUCUGAAUCAGAAAGAUACAUUCUUUCAGGUGUAUCCUGACUGCAUGGCACAAGCUGUUUAUGCAGCAUUCCAGGAGGCAUUUCCCGAAUCUUGUAACCUCUUUAAUGAUGAAUUUAAAGAAGACCUGGGGAAUACCAUUUUUCUUUGGUUGUCAGGUCUAAAACCUCAAAAAGGCUUUUGGACCCACUGGAGAUUGAAAGAACUCUGCACCAACACCAUACAUGGUACCAAGAAAUCUCCUGCAAAACCAGCUAAGCAAAGGUUUACAUACAGCCAAGAGCAUCUAGCAGCCACUAUAGACAUCAGCAUGACAAAAAUCUCAAAGAACCCAAGAGCACAUGCAAUGUCCACACAAAAGGAUGAAUCAACCUCAAGACUAACAACAAAGUCACAUUAUAUAAGCACUGGUCCAGAAUUUCAUCGUGUUCUCUUCAAUUUUGGAGGUCAGAGUCCAUUGAUUCUAUACUAUCUUAAGAUACAUGAGCCAGCUGGUAUGGCUAAGACCUCUAAACAAGCCAAGAUGAAACUCACUCAAAUAUUCCAAGAACCACUACCUGCUCCAACAUACCAUGAUGUUAUAAAGGAGUCGAAAAGACAAUUUGCAAAGAACCAAAAGGACUUUAAAAUGCUACAAGCAAAGGCUGCCAAGAAACCGCAAGAAGCUAGGAGUGAUUUUGAGCACUUCCUCCACAAACUGCGUGUUGAAGAUCAGCUUGAGAAAGAAUUUGGAGUAACACCAUCAUCAUCAUCAUCAUCAUCACCAUCACCAUCAUCAUCCAACACAAUAGAAUACUACAAGUAUAUGGAAGAUGAAUGCUAG